AUGCAAAGAGAUACUAUUGCUAUCCGUUUCCGUUACACAGCAGUGUGUCGCCACACUAAUUAUGUUUUUGUGAAAAGGACGCCAGCCCAAGCAUGUAGCGCCUGGAAAUACGGGGCUGGUUGUGGAAGUGAUUGUACAUGUGUACAGGCUAAUGCUGUGUCCUGUAACAACAUUAAUGGUACCUGUACCUGUAAGCCUGGUUAUAUUGGGCUUAACUGUGAAACUGCUUGUUCUAAUAACACCUUUGGCGCGAGCUGUGGACAAACUUGUCUGUGUGAUCCUAAUAACACUCUCACGUGUAACAAUGUGGAUGGGACAUGCACAUGUGCAACAAAUUAUACAGGAGCGACUUGCAAUGAGACUUGCCCACUUUGGACUUACGGGCAAGAAUGUACAAAUUGCUCGUGCGACAGAAAUAACACCGACACGUGUCACUACAAUGGGACGUGUUCAUGUAAACCUGGAUAUAAUGGAACAAACUGCUCUCAGGCGUGUAAUACUGGUUUUUACGGACCCGGAUGUGCAUCUAAAUGCGCCUGUCAUGCUAACAAUUCUAUUUCCUGUGAUCACGUGACUGGAUAUUGUACAUGUUCUGCGGGAUACAGUCAGCCUCUUUGUACAACAGAAUGUUCAGGCAACACCUUUGGGACAAACUGUGUAGGGAUUUGUGAUUGUGCAGCUGGUCAGACAUCUCUUUGUGACAAAACGACAGGUGUAUGUGUGUGUAACAGUGGCUGGGAAGGCACUAGGUGUGACGCAGUGAGUGCCUUUUCCCUGCUUGACUAUCCAGCCCUGGUUGCUGGCCUUGGGUUCCUGGCCGCGGUGGUCCUCGUGGCAAUUAUCGUAUUAAUUCUGUGGUGCGCUUGCAG